AUUUAAUUCCAGAGGUGGACGGAAGUGACCGAAGAGUACUAGCUGUUCAGUAUGAAGGAGACUUUAUCAAAACUGAAGGACGCUGUGAAGCCAGUCAUAUCAGAGGUGGAGGACGCUAUCGAGCCAGUCAUAUCAAGGAUGGAGGACGCUAUCAAUCCAGUCAUAUCAAAGGUGGAGGAUGUUAUCGAGCCAGUCAUAUCAGAGGUGGCCCAGGUGGCGACUGCUAUCAAGCCAAUCGUAUCAGAGAUGGAGCAUCGUGCGAAGCCAAUCAUGUCUAUUCUUUCAGAGACACAAUGGGAACAUAGAGUUGUGAAUAUAAAGCUGUACAGGGCAUUGGUGAGUGGUGAUUUAAGCAGUGUGAAAGAAAUCCUGGAUAAACAUCCAUAUGCAAGAGUCUCUAGGAUUUCUACAAGAAGUGAAACUGCAAUUCACAUUGCUGCUUCCCACGGGCACGCGGAGUUGGUGGAUGAGAUUUUGAAGAGGAUAGAUGUUAGUGACCUUGCAUUCAUACAAGAUGAUUAUGGUGACACAGCACUUCAUGUUGCUUCCAGGGGUGGGAACACAACAAUCGCAAAAGCGUUAUUUGAUAAAGCAAGUAAUGCUGGUUUAUGGCUGCCAAUAAAAAAUGAUGAUCAACAUAUCCCACUCACCCUAGCUGCAGUUUACAAUAACGAGCAGAUGUUCCAUUUUCUACGUCACUGUCAUUCUAUUAAGGAUGGUGAUCAUGGGUUAAUUCGUGAAUUUCUUGGUUCGCUCUUUCUAGAUAGUGCUGUGAAUAAGAUUAUGGUCACGGAAUUUAUUAAGAGUGAGAACUAUGAUUUGGCACUGAAGUUGUGGGAACGCGAAGAUGAUAAUAAAGGAGUGGUUCAUGGGUAUUUGGAAGGGAACUUGAAUAGAAUGGCAAAGAUGGUCUCUGCAUUUUCAAAUAAAAAUCAACUCGGAUACUUUAAAAGCUGGAUUUACAAGUGUAUUGAUGUGCAACCAGUUAGCAUUCAGCGGAGUACGAGCGAUUUAGAAAAUCAAUUAGGGGAUUCCAGUUCUCCUCCUCUUUCCAGUUCCAAAUGCUUCAAAGUGCUCCAUUUUCUACAAGGACUAAUGUCAAAUGUUGCUAAAGCAAUAGGUAUUGAGGAAGUAUCAAAUAUGAAGAUAAAAAACAUGCAAGCCCAUGAACUACUUAGCAAGAUGUGUUCCCCAAUAUGGACUUUUGAUCCUGAUUUUGUUGAAGUUUACUUUGAGGCGAUAAAAGUAGCCAUCAGAUGUGGGAAUGCGGAAUUUGUUGAGGAAGUGCUGAGGUCGAAUCCUGCUUUGUUAUGGGGGAAUAAGAAAAGCGGAACCAUAUUUCACAUUGCACUUGCUUUCCGUCAAGAGAAAAUAUGGAACCUCUUAUAUGGUUUAAAUACUGAACAAAGAAACAAAGCCACUGGAACUCUUGUGGACUCGAACAGCAUGUUACACAUAGCGGCAUACCCACUGGUUGUUUCAAAUGAAGCUUUUGAAAAACAAGAAGAACAACAGUUAAAAAAACAAGGAGAACAACAGUCGUGGAAGAUAUUCAGUAAAGCUCCCGGUGCAGCUAUGAAAGUGCAGAGAGAACUACAAUGGUACAAGGAGGUCGAGAGGAUGGUACCAUCUUCAUUCCAAGUUCUUGCUAACAAGGAUGACGAAACUCCUCUAGAAUUGUUCUCGAAAUCACAUUCUGAAUUAGUCAAAGAAGGAGAAAAAUGGAUGAGAGAGACGGCAACAUCAUGCACAAUUGUGGCCACUCUUAUUGUCACUGUUAUGUUUGCUGCAGCGUUCACAUUACCAGGUGGUCUUAAAGAUAAUUCAGGGAUGCCCCAAUUCCAAGGGAGAAACUCUUUUAAGGUUUUCAUUAUAUCAGAUGCAUUAUCUUUAUUCUCUUCUGUCACUGCAGUGUUAAUGUUCUUGAGUAUCCUCACUUCACGCUUUGAGGAAGAAGACUUCCUCAAGGCAUUACCCAAGAGAUUGAUAAUUGGUCUUGCCACUCAUUUCUUGUCCAUUGCCACCAUGAUGAUUGCUUUUGGUGUCACUCUUUAUAUUGCGAUCGGCGAACAGAUAAAAAGCGCAGCAACUCCAAUCAUUUUGCUUGCUAGUGUCCCAGUAACCUUAUUUGCUUUAUUGCAAUUUCCACUGUUUGUUGACAUGAUCUCAUCUACCUAUGGACGUAGCAUCUUCAACCGGAGUACAAAAUGUUCCUUCUUCAACAAUCCAAAUGACUAUAUUCCGAAAGAGAACCCAACAAGUGGUACAAGACUGGCUCGUGGUUCAAGUAUAUUGAAGAAUUUUAUGGGUCAAGUUUGGGAGGGUCUGAGUGAUAUGAAGAAACUUUGGGUGUCACAAAAAGGUGACUAUUUGUAGAGUUAUCAUAAAAUUGUUGUCGGUUUAAAAACAUGUUUGCUAUGUUUGGGAGUAUGAAUUGGCGGUUUGGAUUUAGAAUCGGAAGAAAUUUAGUUAAAACUUUAAACUAAAAUUUUUUCAUUUUAAAUUCAAAGCAUCGAUUCGAUACUCCCAAACACAAUAAUUAGGUAUUUGGUGAUUUUGUGUAAAAGUGAUUUUUCUGUAAAGCGGUUUCAUGGAGAACGGUGAACUCGACAUGUUAGGAAGACCACUUAUUCCGGGUAACUGUCAUCUUAUAUUUUGAUGAUAUGGUUAGCAUAUAUCCUCCGAAUUUAGAAGAAUAUGUAUGAUUUCUCUAGUAAGUCUAUAUGACAAUAUCAUUGAAGAAGAAAGAAAAAAUAAUAAUAAUUAAGCAUUAGUGAAUAAGACAAUUACCAA